AUGCACUACCUCCUGCUUUGUGCUGUCAUCUUCCUACCUGAGAUUCCUGCUUUCCCAGUGCAACUGAAACCAGAAUCAUGGAAUAGCAUAGAACUUGAGAAAGUAAAGGGAUAUCUUGAUAAAUUUUUUCCAAUUUUGGCAAAAACACAAAACCUAAGCAUAGAAGAAAGGAUUAAAGAAAUGCAGAGGUUUUUCCACCUGACUGUAACUGGAAAAUUAGACACAGAAACAGAAGGAAUAAUGAAAAUGCCCAGAUGUGGUAGGCCUGAUGUAGCAGAAUAUCAAACAUUUCCUGGAACUCCAAAAUGGAAAAAGACACAUUUAACUUACAAGAUUCUCAAUUAUACACCUGAUCUACCCAGAAGGAAAGUGGAUGAUGCAAUUAAAAGGGCCUUGAUGGUAUGGAGUGAUGUGACUCCGCUGCAAUUCCGAAGAGUUUUCACGGGCCGUGCAGACAUUGAGAUUAGAUUUGCACGUCGUGAGCAUGGUGAUGGAGCUCCUUUUGAUGGACAAGGUGGCACACUGGCCCAUGCGUUUGAACCUGGAGAUGGGAUUGGAGGAGAUGCUCACUUUGAUGAUGAUGAAAAAUGGUCAGAUAUCAAUCGAGAUGUCAAUUUGUUCCUUGUUGCUGCUCAUGAAUUUGGCCAUUCUUUGGGACUUGCUCAUUCCAAUGUCCGUGGAGCUCUGAUGUACCCUCUCUACUCGUAUCAGAACCCAGAAACCUUCAGACUUCCAGAAGAUGACAGGAGAGGAAUUCAGAAGUUAUACGGGAAAAAGCCAUCAAACUCUUGA